UAAUAUUGUAUUUAUACAAGUUCAGUAUUUUAACAUACCCAUACCCAACAUACAGAUUGUUUGUUAACUGGCACUGCGUUGCUAGGUAACCGCUCGGGUCGCGCUGUCCACUGGAACUACGGAUCCCCUCAAGAUUCAGUAUGUUUGCGCGAAAUUUCUGUUUUUGAGUACACCAAGAGCCACCUUUUUUAAUUCUCUGGCGACACCCAGCAUACUUGAAGAAAACUGCACCCAGGACAAAUUGUUGCGUUUUAUUCUUGGUUUCUUUUUGCGACUUAUUUUGUUUUGGUUUGUUUGUUUGUUUGUUUUUUACAGCACUGACCGAGCUGGUUUUCUGACACGUCCCGGGCACCAAACCCUCCAGAACUGACUGAUCCGUCUCGGACUUUUAUGGGCUGCCACACCGACGUCAGGCGCUGCGCUUCACCGUGAAGAUGGCGGAGGCUGCGGAGACACCACAACACCGGUUUUUCUGUCACUGCUGUAAAUGUGAAACUAACCCGAAACUCCCGGAUUUUGUCUGUCCCACAUGUGACUCUGGCUUCAUUGAGGAGGUGACAGAAGACUCCAGUCUCCUGCAAGACAGCGCAUCAUCGUCCAGUGAGGAUUCAGACUCUUUGUUCUCAGAGUUAUGGCAGCUGCUGUUUAUGGAGCGCUCUGCUCUGCUGUCGCAUCCGCCCUCCUCAGAGUCCGACCCAGACGACAGUGAGCAAGUAUCUUCAGGUCAGAGUCGUCCUUCUCCGGUGUCGCUAAGCUCUGCAGAGUCCAGUGAAGCAGAGUCUCCUCCCCAGCCUGAACAAGAGAGGUCGUCCAGGCCUGAGCAAAGGCCUGCAGUGGAAGGGAUCGUGCAGCAGUUCUUGGCUGGCCUGUUUGCCAACAACGGAAACACUGGUGCCGCACCAGCUGCGCUAUCAAGCAUGCUACAGUUGUAUGGAAACCCUGGAGAUUAUGCGUGGGGUCAGGGAGGUCUGGACGCUGUCAUCACAGAGUUGUUAGGACAGUUGGAGAACGCAGGUCCACCCCCUGCAGAAAAGGAGAUGAUCUCAUCCCUGCCAACAGUUUGCAUCUCUCAAGAACAGACAGACUGUAGGCUGGAGUGUCCAGUUUGUAGAGAGGAGUAUUUAUUAGGGGAAUCUGUCAGGAAGUUACCCUGCCUUCAUUACUUCCACAGUGAAUGUAUAGUGCCCUGGCUGGAGCUGCAUGAUACCUGCCCAGUAUGCCGAAAAAGCCUUGACGGUGUCGACAACAGCCUCUCGCCCACAUCUGAACCCCCGGAAACUCGCUCCAUCAGGACGGAGCAACAGGAGAGGCAGUCGAUUUAAGACACGGGUCAAGCAACUCUACCUCCUUAACUGUUUUCAAGAGACGCACUUGUCACCUCAGACCUCCUCGCAUGCACCGACUGCUUUUAAAUGAAAUAAAUCACAUGCAUCACAGUCAUAAUUUGAAGCUGCAACUCUCACUUAAUUCACACAUUUCUGCUAAGGACCCGUAUGUUUCAUGCUCCAACAUCUUCACAGUUUUUAAGAUGCACGGCACACGCAAAAGGACCGUGCAGUUUGCCGACGAGAUGUGGUGGUGUCCUUCUCGCUACGCUGCCUCUGAGGUGGAUUUCUCAAUGACUGACUCUGAUGUCAUGAACUGAUCACCACUGAGCAUCCAGCGGUUUUCAAAAUGUUGGGAAUUCACAGAGUUAUGAAAUAACAUUUUUUGCAUUAAGGCUCUUGGUGAGACUGUUUCUUAACGCAGUACAUUCUGCUGACUUUUUUCACACCCAGUCUGCUUUAGCACUGAGCUCCUCUCUGUUUAAAGCUGUUAUUAAAGCCUAACCGUGUGAUCCUCA